CAUAAAGCUCCAUUUACCAUUGGAGUUGGUACACCUUUAAACUUUUAUCAAAUCGUAUAAUCUCUUUUGCAUACUCUCUAUGCUUCAAUCAGUAGCCAUGAAGAUGAUCUAUUGGUUCUUUCUUCCCUUGAUUCUCUUUCCUCUCUUGGCCUCAUGUUUAGAGAAACAGGUGUAUAUAGUUCACUUCGGGGAACACAGUGGGGAGAAAGGAUUGCAUGAGAUUGAAGAAACUCAUCAAUCAUAUUUGUAUUCUGUGAAAGAAACGAAAGAAGAUGCUCAAUCUUCCCUUCUUUACAGCUACAAGCACAGCAUCAAUGGCUUUGCUGCAGUGCUCACCCCAGAUGAAGCCUCCAAGCUCUCUGAAAUGGAAGAAGUUGUAUCAGUGUUUCCUGCACGCUCAAGAAACUACUCCCUGCAGACCACUAGGUCAUGGGAAUUUGUAGGGUUAAAUGAGGAAGAGGGCCUAUCAUCAGGGCAUGAAUCCAAUAUGGGAAGAGAAGACUUGUUGGCUAAAGCUAGCUACGGCAAAGAUGUCAUUAUUGGAGUAUUGGAUAGCGGGGUGUGGCCAGAAUCACCGAGCUUCAGUGACGAAGGAAUGGAACCCCUCCCAGAGUCGAAAUCAUGGAAAGGAAUCUGCCAAGAGGGAGUCGCUUUUAACUCAUCCCACUGCAACAGAAAUGGCACUGAUGAGCCCCAAGACUGUGCUUGUCUAUUUCACAGGAAACAAAGGAAGAUAAUUGGAGCCAGAUACUAUGUGAAGGGUUUUGAGCACGAGAAAGGUCCAGUAAAUGCGACGGAAGACUACCUCUCACCACGAGACAUGGACGGCCACGGGAGCCACACGGCGUCCACCGCGGCUGGCCGACAAGUCCCCGACGUUGCUGCCCUUGGUGGGCUGGCAAGAGGCACAGCGUCCGGAGGGGCUCCUUUUGCCCGGCUCGCCAUAUACAAGGUCUGCUGGGCGAUACCUAACCAAUCAAAAGCCGAUGGCAACGUAUGUAUGUUUGAAGAUAUACUUGCAGGCAUUGAUGACGCCAUAGCUGAUGGUGUUGAUAUAAUUAGCAUCUCCAUUGGAACCAGUGAUCCUGUGCCUUACGAAAAGGAUUACCUUGCAGUCGGUGCAUUGCAUGCGGCGAAGCGCAACAUCCUUGUGGUUUGUAGUGCUGGGAACAACGGUCCUGCCCCUGGAACAUUGUCUAACCCGGCGCCUUGGUUGAUGACUGUUGGUGCUAGCAGCUUGGACCGGGCAUUUUUGGCACCUGUCAUGCUAGGGAAUGGUCGGGAAAUUAUGGGACAAACUGUUGCACCAGACAAGUUGGAAAAUGAGAUGUACCCAUUAGUUUAUGCAGGAGACGCAGUGUUCCCUGAUGUGCCUCAAAACUCUACAGGGCAAUGCCUCCCAGGCUCCCUUAACCCUGAUAUGGUCAAAGGGAAGAUUGUGGUGUGCAUGCGAGGUGCUGGAAGGAGAUUAGAUAAAGGCUUUGAAGUGAAAAGAGCUGGUGGUGUCGGUCUCAUCUUAGGCAACGCAGAGGCCAAUGGAAAUAGACUAUCAUGUGACCCCCAUUUUCUUCCUGCAUCUGCCGUGAGUUACAAGGAUGCGACUAAGAUUCUUGAAUACAUUAGGUCUACAGAGAAUCCGAUGGCAACCAUCAGUCCAGCCCAGACAGUAAUGCAUUAUAAACCUGCACCCUUCAUGGCUGGAUUCACCAGUCAGGGUCCAAAUGUGAUUGAUCUCAAUAUUCUCAAGCCUGAUAUCACGGCUCCAGGAAUUCAGAUUUUGGCAGCAUGGAGUGAAGCAUCAUCUCCCACAAAGUUGGAAUAUGAUCACAGAAUAGUGAAAUACAACUUUGAUUCAGGAACUUCCAUGGCUUGCCCCCAUGUUUCUGGUGCAGCUGCACUUCUCAGAGCCAUACACCCCGAUUGGAGCGUUGCUGCUAUAAGAUCUGCUCUAAUGACCACAGCCCGGAUAACAAACAACUUAGAUCAGCUAAUUACAGAUGAAGUUGGCAAUACUGCAACUCCCUUCCAAUAUGGAGCCGGCCAUUUCCAGCCUAUUAAGGCAGCAGAUCCUGGUCUCAUAUACGAUGCCUCGUAUGAUGAUUACCUUCUCUAUCUCUGCAGCCUUGGCCUAAACAAGUUGUACUCUACAUUUAAGUGCCCUGAAGAUCCACCUUCACCAGUCAACCUCAAUUAUCCAUCGUUUGCAAUUCCCAACCUUAGUAGCACUGUCACUAUUACGAGGACAGUCACAAAUGUUGGUUCCAGCAACAGUAAAUACUACUUUGCAGCCAAACCGCCACCAGGAGUCCAUGUGAAGGCCUCACCAAGUAUUUUGUUCUUCGACCAUAUUGGCCAGAAGCAGAGCUUCAACAUAACAGUAUCCCCCAAAGAUUCUGAUCCCAUAGCGAAGAGGUCUGCGUAUGGGUUUGGUUUUUACACUUGGACUGAUGGAUUCUAUCGUGUAAGAAGUCCCAUGGCAGUGUAUUUACCAUAAUUAUAGGUUCUUCGUUUUUAUGGGGCAAAGAAUUGGUAGAAAACUGUGCUCAAGGAAACUACUAGUAUAGGAUUUGUUUUAAUAAUUGUAUAAAGUAACUCUAUUCUUUCACUAAAUUUUCCCCACAUUCAUAUGACUAUAACCAAGACUUGCUCCAUUUUCUCA